AUGACCGUUGCCCAUCAUGAAGAGAAACCACACGUGGCCGUUUUGGCGUUCCCUUUUGGUUCACACGCAGGUCCACUCCUCAACCUGGUGCGUAGAACUGCAGCAGAGAUUCCUGAAGUCACCUUCUCGUUCUUCAGUACAAAAAAAUCAAAUGCUUCAAUAUUCAAUGGUCUCAACGAGGAACAACUUCUUAACAUAAAGCCUUAUGAAGUGGAUGAUGGGAUACCAGAGGAUUUUGUAAUUACUGACCCCGUUAUUGAACCCCUUAACAUGUUCAUCAAUGUCACGCCAGGGAACUAUAAAACUGCCAUGGAUGAAGUUGCGGCAAAGACGGGGAAGCACAUUACUUGCUUGCUCACUGAUGCGUUUUAUUGGUUUGCUGCGGACAUGGCAGAAGAAAUGCAUGCCAAGUGGGUCCCCCUAUGGACUGCUGGACCCCACCCUCUCCUUGCACAUGCUUCCACAGAUCUGAUAAGGGAAAAAUUGGGCCCCGAGGGAGUGAAGGAAAACAGGGAUAUCGAUUUUCUUACCGGUUUCAAUGGGGUAAAGGUUUCAGACUUACCUGAAGGAGUAGCAGAACAUUUAGAAAACCCCUUUACAAUAAUGGUACACAAAAUGGGACAAUACUUGCCGCGGGCAACCGCAGUUAUCAUAAACUCCUUCACUGAAGUGCACCUUCCAAUAGCUCAUGAUCUGGAGUCUAUGUUUCACAUGUUCCUCAACAUUGGUCCAUUUAUUUUGACAACGCCACAAUCUGUUACUCCAGAUAACGAAGGCUGCAUAGAAUGGUUGAACAAGCAAGAGGAAGGGUCAGUAGUAUAUAUAAGCUUUGGAAGUGUGAUAAUACCACCACCCCAUGAGUUAACAGCAUUAGCUGAGGCCUUAGAAGAAAGUAACUAUCCAUUUAUUUGGGCAUUUAGGGGUAAUCCUGGAAAACAAUUACCAGAAGGGUUCUUGGAAAGAACAAGCACGAGAGGGAAAGUUGUUGGAUGGGCACCCCAAAUGCAAAUUCUAAGACAUUCAGCGGUUGGUGUGUGUGUGACACAUGGUGGGUGGAAUUCAAUUUUGGAUUGCAUAGUUGGGGGUGUGCCUAUGAUUUCUAGACCAUUUUUUGGAGACCAAAUGUUAAACACAGCGAUUCUAGAACAUGCGUGGGGGAUCGGUGUCGGAGUUGAAAAUGGGGUUUUGGCUAAAGAUGGCACUUCGAGAAUUUUGGAAUCAGUCAUGUCAAAAGAGCAAGGAAAGAUAAUGAGGCAAAAAAUAGGGGAACUCAAGGACGCAGCAAUGGCAGCUGCUGGACCCGAAGGUGAUUCUACAAAGAAUAUCUUUACUUUAAUAGAAAUUUUAACUACUUCACAUUCUGACUGUCCAUCGCAACCGCAACAACGUUUUAGAGGUCUUCGUAACAAGAUCGCGGGGGCAUUUGCUGCUGCACAUGCCAGAUUUACCCGCCGCCAUAACCAACAUCAACAUUAG